AUGAGUUUGACCGAUCGGCUUUGGCGUAAGGUGAACUUGAAUGUUGCAGAUUUUAACUCAUGGGUCAAUUUAUUGGAUGCAGCUGAGAAACAGCCCAACAUUGACGUGACUCGUAAAGCGUUUGAUUCUUUCCUUAAACAUUUUCCCUACUGCUAUGGUUAUUGGAAGAAAUACGCAAAUUUGGAAAAGCUACAAGGAAAUAAAGAUAGAUGCUUAGAAAUCUUUCAGAAAGGGGUUGAGGCGAUUCCUUUAAGUAUCGAUCUCUGGGUAGCAUAUCUUGAAGCUAAUCUUGAUAUCAUUAAUGGUUUUGAUGAUUUCGAACCUAGAAUGCGAAGUCUUUAUGAGGUGGCACUUGAAAAGGCAGGCUUAGAAUUUCGAUCCGAUGCAUUAUGGGAGCACUACUUGAGCUGGGAGGCUGGUCAUAACCGUUUGGGACGUGUUUUAUCCAUUUAUGAUCGUCUUUUGUGCACUCCAACCCAACUGUACUUCCAGAAUUGGGAUUCUUUCAAAAAGAUGAUAGAAGAGAACCGCCCUGAGGAUUAUCUUCCUGUAGGCGAGUUUGCUGAGCUUCUCGCUCGGGUUUCUCCGGUCGCUGGUACAGCAAUGCGCAUAGCUCUUAAGGAGUCAAAAUCUGACACUGUCUCUAUUCCAGAUAUAACUGAAGCUGAUCGAAUCGCAAUUCGAAAAUUGGUCAUUGAUCGUCGUGAAAAGGUCUAUCAAGCAACUUACCUUCAAAUCAUGAAGCGCUGGUUCUUUGAAGAAAAGAUUCGUCGUCCGUAUUUCCACGUCAAACCCUUGGAAGAAGCCCAGUUGAAUAAUUGGGCAGAGUACCUAAGUUUUGAGGAAUCAGAGGCAGCCAGCGCAGAAGCUGUUCUAAAUGUGCCCGUCACGGAUGGUCAUUCUGUAACAGAGCCUCAGAUCACAAUUGCUGAGGUUCAGUUGGCCAAGAAACGUGUCCGUGUUCUCUACGAACGGUGCCUUGUGGCCUGUGCUCUCUACGAGCACCUUUGGAUUCGCUAUGCGAAGUACCUCGAGUAUACAGAGUGUGAUAUAUCAGGAGCACGAGAAGUCUGGCGUCGAGCGUGUUGCGUUCAUCUUCGCACCAAGCCCACCAUUCACUGGCAUUGGGCUCUCUUCGAAUCUCGUCAUUCCUCCGAUCUAGUCACCACCGAUAAUAGCGUGGAAACCCCCAAAUCCAUCACACCUCUUGAAAUUUUCACCGAUCUUGAGAAAAGACUCAUCGACAGUGCCCUUGUCUGUGAUCGACGCGCCGACGCUAUGCGUCGUGAAGGAAAACCCUUAUUGGAUCAGAUAGUAUGCUUGCGCUCGGGUAUAAAUCGUUUGAGAGUGCGGUCCACUGAGCAGACAAGCUUGGCCCACAGUGUGACAGGCGCAACAGCCUCCUUUUCCGCCGCCAUCGCUUUGGCAACAGCAGCUCAAGCACGAGCCGGAGCUAGCUAUCUCGUCGGUAAAUUGGCACGCCUUCUGCAUUGCAACGCUGGUAAUCAGAUUCCUCCUGAGGGGCUACCAUUAUGGCAACUUUUACUCUCUUCCUCUUUUCAUCCUUCCAAAACUCCACUCACAAAGAAUUCUGCUGAGGAGGAUGGCAUUAAGGUGAAUGUAGAUCAGGAAGGUGACUUACCUGUCGAUAAUUAUACACCGAGUAAAGAGAAAUCAAAUGCGAAGGAGCUGAAACAGGAGGAGGAGCCCGUGACAGUGGAGAUGGAGGUGGAUGACUCGCUGGAAGAUGUUAUGCCAGAGACGAUAAAUGCACCGGCAGAAAAUGGCACUUAUGGUGGUUCACCUCCGCUUCUAGUCAGCAGCAAAAAGAACUCUUCAAAAUCAACAGAGGUCACUGGCGAUGGUGAAGAGAGAGAUAGGAGCAGCUCAGAAGAAAGCGAGCGGGAAGAGCCAUCUACGGGGAAACGACGUCGUCGGUCUCGUUGGGGAGACGUGAAGGGGGAGACUGAUAAGGACUUGGAGGAGUUUCGUGCUGCUGAGGCUGAGCGAUUGGCACGUGCUGACCUUGAGGCGAAGGCCUACGCGCAGGAACGUGCUGCCAUCACUGAGGUCCAACCACCCUCUGACAUCUCCUCUCUCCCAGCCGACCAAAAGCGUCUUAUUUCACCUGAAGAGGCUGCUAUCACCGUCUUACUUGAUGGAAUCGAGUUCGAUCCUCGAAACGAACGUCUUUAUUCGCAACUGUUGGACAUUGCAUAUCAGCGCAGACCAAUGGAUGUGGAUGGUUUUUUGGAGUUUGCUAAUUUGGCCAUUGUGGACUCUAUUCUUCCUGCUACUAUCAAGCUGGCAUUCGCUCAACGCAAAUUACAGUUCCUUGAGAUGUUCUGUAAUGAUAUAAACAAGCAAUCUAUUGGACAUUUGCUUGGGUUUAGAAUAUCGUCUGCCUACGACGAAUAUCUCCAAUUGGCUCAAUUGGUAGUUCAAAGUGUAGUGGAUAGUCCAUCAGAGAAGAAAUUGCAUCCCCAUGGAUUGGGAGUGGGAAUAGAUGGCGCUCGGGCAUAUAGCACACCAGAUCUGCUGAAUGUCUCCUUGCCAGCCCCACUGCGUCCUUCAGCCAGGCGCAACCCUGUAACCAAUGGGCCCGUGCGUCGGAUGCCGCAGACGGACAGAUCGGCUGCAAUCAUGGCGGAUGCUGCCUCAGUGGGCGUCAAUCAAGCUCCCUCUGGCUCCGAUACGGCAUCCUCCAUUCGUUUCACAGCUGGCGCUUAUGAGCACAUGGCUGGACCCUUGGCAGGAGGUUUGCCUCCACCUGCUCCCACUAUGGUGCCAAUUGCCGCUGGAGCUAUGCCUGGGGCUGAAGCAGUAGAAGUUUGGCGCGGUCUGGAGCCAGCGGGUUAUGCAGCAGCUGUGGCGUCAGGAUAUGCCAGUGGUGGAGGAACCUUUUACGCGCCAAUUGGAGCUAGCUCCGACGCGACUGCAUCAGUUCAAGCGCCACCACCUGCUUUGAUGACCCACCCUCAUCAUCACGAGAGUGGAUCUGUUUGA